AUGCAUCGCAGCAACCUUAAAAAGAGGAGGGCCGCCACUGCCCGUCGGCAGCAUCUGAAGAGUGUUAUGCUCCAGAUUGCUGCCCAAGAGUUAGAAAAAGAAACAGCAGCUAAAGCAUCAGAAAAGGCCAAUUACCUUGCUGAACACUGUCCUUCUUUGUCGCUGCCACACUCCAUGCAAGAACUACAGGAACUGUGCAAAAAGCUUCAUAGUAAGGUAGAAGUGGUGGAUGAGGAAAGAUAUGACAUAGAGGUUAAGCUACAGAAGACUAAGAAGGAGCUUGAAGACUUGAGCCAGAAACUAUUUGACUUGAGAGGCAAGUUCAAGAGGCCACCCCUGCGUAGGGUCCGCAUGUCUGCUGACGCUAUGCUGCGCGCCCUGCUGGGCUCCAAGCACAAGGUCAAUAUGGAACUUAGAGCCAACCUGAAGCAAGUCAAGAAGGAGGACACUGAGAAGGAGAAGGAUCUGCGUGACGUGGGUGACUGGAGAAAGAACAUUGAGGAGAAGUCUGGCAUGGAGGGGCGGAAGAAGAUGUUUGAGACUGAAUCCUAAGUCCCAUGGAGCUAGUAACUGCAAACCUUCUAUCUACCCAACUUCCAAAUUACUCCUCCUCCUUUCCUGCCACCUAUAUUAUUUUUCCAGUCAGCUCAUUAGUAUCCUUGUUUAGGGCUAAAUUUCCUGAGGCCACAGUCACAUUUCAUAAAGCAAUGCAAGAUACAAGACCUACUUGCCAUCCCACCCCCUACUGUUGCUAUGGAAACAAGUCUUAAACCACAAAAUGUCUUAACUACAUUCUGAAACAAUGGUAGUGGCAUGAACUCAAAUCAAAUGCAAUUUAAUCCAGCAAUUUUGUAAGAUCUGUUGUUUCAAAGUGAUCUUAAUGAUGUAAAUAAAGCUUUGAAAGUAUA